AAUGUGGGUCGAUAACCGUACUUAAGUGAGGUUUGCGGCGACGUUGGUCCUUCUAUGACUUGCAUGCAGGUCUAAUAGAGGGCAUAACGAUUUACUUUUGUUUCUAAGAUGUCUUCGAUUUCAGAGGUUGCGGAUCUGCAGAUAUCCAAUUUUGCCAAUAUUGGUGCCUUCGCACUUCUCACAUUCGAUUUCUUCAUCACGUUCCAAGAUGAGGUGAAGUGGACCUGGUUUAGGCCAUGGGAUAUAACUCGUGUCAUAUUUGUCGCAUCUCGAUAUCUGCCUUUCAUAGGCUCUGCAUUGACUGCAUAUGAUGCACUGAGUCUCAAUGGGCCGGUGACACCAGCCCGCAGUCAGGCAGAAAACAUCAUUCAUAUUAUAAGUAUCGUUGCUGCGGAAGCCUUGUUGGUUAUCCGAACAUGGGCAUUCUGGCAAAGGAGCAAAAGGAUGCUGAUCGGAUUGGUAACUUAUAGUGUUUAAUCACUGCUGUUUCCAUAAACGUCGUUCGACAUGACCAGUUGACAGCAAUAUCAAACGCUGUAUUGGUAUAUUCUUGCCUGGCACUUUUUGAAUGUG